GCCGCUCUCCUUCAAGGACGUCGGCUACGCACAAAUCUCAAGCGAGAAUGCUGGUGGUGCGAGCUUCGUCUAUGUCGAUGCUUCGGUGGCCGGAGAGAACUGUUCAACAUCCUCGUCCUCACUGCUCGGUGCACAAAGAGCUCCUCUCCAAGAGACUGGCUCCAACAUCUUUGGAUUGACAGCCGCCCCGGGCAACCUGCAGAAUUUCGUGCUGGUAGCCUACCGGGGAGGCUCUGCAGCGCCUGUCAAUGCAGAUCACGGCGUCCUGAGAUUUAGCAACGAAGGCUUCUCAGAGUGCCUUGCGGAGAUUGUAGUUUCCGGAAAGAAGCGCAGCAUUGUCGGACGUCUCGCACCUGGUGCUGGCAUGCAGGUGUCGCUGGCCUGUGAUGCCGCCGAACAGGCGCCAACAGCGUUGUCAUUCAACUGCGCUGGGGAGGUUAUCAUGCACGAGAUUGCCAAUGACGGUUUGGGUGCGGUGAUGUGUCCGGGUUCCACACUCCAGGUAUCUCUUGUUGGCCAUUUAGAGCUCAACGGUACCUUCGGCCCUUCCGUGCAGCUUGUGAGCGGCUCCCCAUGCUCGUGUGCUGAACGUUGCCGGCCUUCUUGCGCUGUAGCUUCGUCAGAGAGAGCCAUGGUCAGUGGAUUGCUGAUGUUCCUCUUUUUGCGAGAAGCCAUGAUGUGA